UCCUUCUUUAAAAAAUAGGAAGACCAUAGAGGACAAGACCAGCCUGCGCGGAACGGAACUGCGUAAUUAUAUCGAUCGAUCAACUAUCAAGUACGCGCCAAUCCGCCGCGCCGCCGCCCUCCGUAAUAUAUAAAUAAAAAAGAUCCGGUGAACACAAAGAUGGCACUGUCAUUAGUCCACACUGAAUUGGUAUCCAUGCAAGGCCUUCGCGUCGAUGGGCGCAGGCCUCACGAGCUCGCCGUAGUAAGGUGCAAGCUCGGCGCCAGCUCCACGCCCGAUGGGAGCGUGUACUUGGAACAAGGAUGUACCAAGGUUUUGGUUGCUGUUUAUGGGCCCCACCAAGCAUCCAAAACAAAAAUGCUACCAAAUGCUGUAGCACUCAAUUGCAAAAUCAGCAUUGCUAGAUUUGCAACAGCCAUGAGGAAAAGUGAUCCGGCAGAUGAGCGAAAAGUUCUGGAAAAUAUGUCUAUGAACUUGAAGCAGGCUCUCUUGGCUACCCUCAAAUCAGAGCUCUAUCCUCGCUCACAGAUUGAUGUGUAUGUUGAAGUGUUACAGGAUGACGGCAAUGCAUUCUGUGCGAGUGUAAACGCGGCCUGUCUCGCGCUCAUUGACGCCGGGAUUCCCAUGAGAGAGUACGUGACUGCGUGCUCCGCUUCCAUAGCGAUCACAGAUGACCAGAAGCAACAUCUUCUGGUGGACGUCAACAAAGGCGAAGAAGCUGCAGGCUGCGCUGUGUUGACUGUCGCCUGCUUGCCUGAUACGGGAAAAAUCGCUGUUCUGGACUUGACUCACAGAGUCCACAUGGAUCAUUUUGAAAAGGUGUUGAACACGGCUAUACAAGGAUGCAAAGAUAUUAAGGUUGUGUUGGACAAAGCUCUGCGGCAGUAUUUAGCCGAGACCUGGCCGCAUUAAACUACAAACGACUAUGAUCUUGUUUCUUGUGUUAAUCUUUUUUUUUAAUGAUUGUUUGCUGAAGAUUAGUAUGUUUGCGUGGCAUUCAUGAUUUGACCAGCUUUUAUUUAGCUUCUACUUUUUGUAAGAUGUAUUUAUUCUUGCGUUUAGUAAAGGUAGAAUUCCGUGGAUAGCGGC